AUGAUAACGAAGACUCUCAGAAUCCUCCGGCAAUACAUACGGAUGGAAAUUCCUCUGUUUCUUUAUAUGCUGACCAGCUUUCUGAAAUAUCCAGUGUUCCAGAACCUGAUUUAUGAGAAGGCGUGCCUUGCACGAUAUGCUCAGGAUCAAGGUUUAUGCUCAAACGUGACGGCUUACUACAACGAUAAAGCUGUACAAGCCGAUGCGAACUACUUUUACUUUCUGUCGUCGUUAGUGCUCACUAUACCUUCACUUUUCUCAACACUGGUGUUGGGAGCAGCUACGUCCCUCAGUUAUGGUGUUAAAACAACGAAGACAUCUCGCAGAAGUAUAAGAAUAGCUGGCAUUGAAGGCGCGAUUGGACUUGGAGGCACCAUUGGAUAUGUGCUUUCAGGAACGAUAAGAGAGUAA